AUGUCGCCGGUACCUUGGGAGCUCCCUGCAUGGGUGCCACAGCGGUCGUGGCUUGCUUGUACCAUCUUGAUCUUCACCUCAUGUGUGACUUCCACUGCUGCCCUGCAGACUCUAGGCUUCGAUGGUUCUAUGAUGAACGGCCUCAACAUCCUCCCCUCGUACACGGACUACUUCACCCUCACCACAGCCACUCUGGCGCUCAACACGGCUUCGGUGUGGAUGGGCAGUGCCGUAGCAGGUAUCGGGUACGCCAAAGUCCCCGACUGGAUUGGUCGCAAAUGGGCUCUAUUCUUUGGUGCGGUCUCCACCAUCAUCGGCGUCGUCCUCCAAACCGCCGCGCAGAAUAUCGCCAUGUUUGUGAUCGCCAGGAUCAUCAUCGGCUUUGGAACUGGCGCCUCAUCCAUCGCCGCGCCAGUCUACCUGUCAGAGACCGUGCCUGUGAAGUUUCGUGCUGUUUCCUUAGCCCUUCUGUAUGACUUUUGGUAUGUCGGUGGUCUAAUCGCUGCUGGUGUCACGUACGGCACCGCAAAGAUGGAUUCUACCUGGGCCUGGCGUCUGCCAUCGGCCCUGCAAGGCCUCUUCAGCAUUCUCUGCAUCAUCCUCAUCCCCUUCACACCAGAGUCUCCUCGAUGGCUUCAGAAUCAGGGACGCAGCGAAGAAGCUCUCCUGGCGUUGGCGCAGACUCAUGCGGACGGAAAUAUCGAUGAUCCGGCCGUCACAGUUCAGUUCCGCCAGAUCGUGGAUACCCUGGCGUUCGAGAAAUCGUUCGAGAGCCCCUCUUUCGUCAAGCAAUUCGCCAACAGUGCAUCCACACGCAAGCGGAUAUUCUUGGUCUGCACCGUCGCCGUCUUCUCCAUGCUCUCCGGAAACAACAUCAUUUCCUAUUAUUUCGGAACCAUGCUCACGCAGGCGGGAGUCACAGACUCGACCACACAGCUGGAGAUCAACAUCAUCCUCAAUGCAUGGUGUCUGGUCGUUUCCCUGGUUGGUACUGCUAUGGCAGACAAACUAGGCCGCAAGGCUCUGGCUGCCAUUUCCACAGCGUUGUUGACCGUCUUCAUCUUCAUGGUGGGCGCGUUAACCAAAGUCUAUGGCGAUUCGACGAACAACUCCGGUAUCUACGGAACCGUGGCCACAAUCUUCCUCUUCCAGGGAGCAUACAGCUUCGGCUGGACGCCUCUGACUGUCUUAUACCCCCCGGAGGUCCUCAAUUAUGGCCUCCGUUCGCUCGGCAUGGGUAUUUAUACCUUCCUUGUGAACGGAGUGGGGUUGAUGGUGACCUUCGCUUUCCCCUUUGCGCUUGAAGCUAUAGGUUGGAAGACGUACAUGAUCAACGGUGCCUGGGAUGUUCUUGAGCUGGUUGUGGUCUUGGUGUUCUGGGUCGAGACCAGUGGACGUACAUUGGAGGAGAUUGAUGAGAAUCUCGACGGUGAGGUCCACAGCGAAGCGCCCAAGUUGAGGGCUAUCAUGGGGGUAGCGCCAGAAGACAGGGAGGAAAUCGUGGACGCCUUGGCCUUGGGCAAGGACAAGAAGAUGGAGAUACUGGGUGAGGUGAGCGAGGUGGCUAAGGAGUAG